AUGAUGAAUCGUUAUUCCUUGUUUUUUAAAGAUAAUCAUUUAGAAGAUUCCUAUCAAAAAUAUUUGCUAGAGAUAAAUAGAAAACCUCUUUUAAAAAGAUUAAUUAUAUCCACCACAAUUGUUGAAAUCUCCGACCUAUUAUAAAUUAUUGCGUCAGGCGAAUAUGAGGUAUUAACUUUAAAUUAUGCAUUUGUGCAUUACUUAUUUGAAAUUAUUCUAAAUUUAAUCCUAAUCUUAAUAUUUAGAUAUUAUCCUAAAUAUAUUGGGAAAAGCCUUUUAUUUUAUAAUCAUUUUUUUGUCACUGCUUUUGUAGUAAUUGAAUAUUAGGAUGCAAUGUAUUCAAUAAAUUAUUAAAAGAUAAUCUAGAUAGGCAUUAUAGGAUCAUAAUUUAUAAUAAUUUUGUAAUCUGACUUUAUAGAGGCUGCUUACUAAGCAAGUAUUUUCCCUUCAAUAUACUUAUUUAUUUGGUCAUAUAAGCAGGAAUAGAUUUAUUAUGCAGGCAUUGUGGCAGUGGUGUUAUCAGUAUUGGUCUUUUUAUAAUGUUUAUAUGAGCAUUAAGUUGCUUUAAGAUCUCAAUUUUAAUUGGGUUUUAUUGAUAAUCAAUGGGAAAAGAUAUUUACCUAAUUAAUUGGUGAAUAAUAUUUAAUAUUUUAUUUUGAUAAUGGAACAUUUAGUUUCUAAUUGUCUAAUUCAAAAAAUUACAUUUACAAAAUUGAUACAACUUAAUAGCUAAAAUUCUAUUUGAGGGCUAUCAAAUUAAGUAAAACAUAAAACUUUGAGUAAUAUUGUUUUGAAUAGAUUUAAAGUCAUAAAAAUUUUUCUUAAGAUGAUCUUAAAUAAAAUCUGACUAUCCUAUUUUAAGGUAAAACUCAAAUAAUUCAAUAUUCAAUUUUUUAUAGUGUUCGACCUCUUAUACUUUUAUAAGUUAUUUCCAAAGAUAAGCAUAUCAAUGAGACAUAAAUAUAGAUUGACAAAAAGAUAAAUUUGGAUUCAAAUUAUUAAUUUAAAUAUAAAAAGUUUAUUUAUUUGUUAUACUAACCUCUUAAAAAGAAGAAUAAUGAUAUAUCUGCAUCCCUUAAUUGUUUAUCAAAAAUUAGAAAAAUUUGUCUAUAUGCAAAUUUAUAAGAAUAUAUCACCCCUCAUAGCAUUUUAUCAGUAUAAAUUUUCAAAUUAGAUUACUUAUUCCAAAAAAUAAAUUUUAUCUACUCAGAUUACGACAUAUAAAUUGAUAAUAAAAUCAAUUUAAUUACGAACAAUAAAGAACUGUUAUUAAUGUUAUUUAUUGAGAUAAUAGAAAAAACAAUAUCGAAACAUUUGAAGAUAUCUACAAUAUUUUUAGAAAAUUAGUAAGUAUUAAUCAAAUUUACCUGCUAUUAUUCUAAAAAGUCUUUAGAUAAGUUAAUGCAGAGAAUACGCCUUUACUCAAAUUUUUUAAAUAGCAUAGAGUUUGAUGUUCAAUUUAUUGGGCUCUAUAUUAGAAAUAUAUCUUUAGAUAUAGGAAAUAAUUUUUCUUUUCUUCCAUCCAAUAAAAACUAAUUAUUUUAAAAUUUAUUAAAUACUGAUCGAUGA